AUUUGUUGUUGUUUUUGUAUCCCCGAACUGCGGGGUAACAUGGCCAGAUCACAGAUUGAGUGAGCCUUGCGUACACCUUAACCUUACACUUCUAUCUCCAGUGUAGAGCUUUCACUCCAUCUCCCGAACAUCAUCUAUAUCCCACCACCACCACUACAUCUCAAUCACCACCAAGUAGCACCAUGCCCAAAGCUCCCCUCCUCAAGGGGCUCCUCCUCGCCAUCGGGGAAAUCCCCUUAGACAGCAUCCACCCCGACCCCAACAUCAGCUGCACCAAGAAAGACCUGAAAACAAUCACAUCCUAUAACCUCCUCCCCAAGAAGGAAAAGAGCAUGGUAGUUCCAGGAACCCCCUCCAUCUACAAACCCCCCACCACCCCCAUGCACAUCCCCCCCGACGCAGGAAAAUACAUCCUAGACCCCAACAGCCUCAUCUUCCCCAACUGCACCAUGGAACCCCUCCUCCGCGCCAUCUCCAUCACCACCACCACUACCGGCAAACCCAAAGUGAACCUCACCACAACCGACCUAAUAACCGACCGACGCAACCUCCGCCUCCUCCUCAGCUUCGUCAGCUCGAGCAAAAAGCCCUUCCGAAUCGACGUGGAAGUAAUCCACUCCACCGUCCUCCUCUCCCUCUGGACAAGCAGCAAGACGAACUUCGUCGGCCAAUUCCAGGGGUACGGCCACUCCUUCGAAAAAGCCUCGACCUGGAACCCCCGCUACAUUCGCGGAAGCAUCAUCCAUAACCGAGCGGUGCGGUAUACCCUCGGCGGGAUACAUAUCUUACUGAGGUAUGAAGUGGAUGCAUGUAUGCCUGGAAAACCACCACACACUUCCACCAAUAGUACCAAUGCAACUACCAAUCACCACUCCCCCACCGGAAUCAAAGUAAUAAACUCAGGAACACUAGUCCACCCCCACCGAAUCAUCGAGAUCAAAACCGGGCCAGUGAGUAAACGACUCGACAACUCGAAGAAUCUCGAGCAGAUGUGGUUCUCCCACACCCCGAUUCUAUGUACGGGGCAGUAUCAGCCCGACGGGACGUUUCUGCCGGCAAGGGCGCAGAAUAUGGAGAAGGAGGGACGGCUGGAGCAGUGGGAGAGGGAUAAUGAGGAGAAGAUACGGAAGUUGGUGAGGGUGUUGGAGAUGGUUUUUGAGGUGGUGAGGGGCGUGCCGCAUAGGUGUGCGUUGGUGCAUGAUGGGGAUGGCGUGUUGAGGGUGUAUCAGGUUGAUGAGAAUGCCAAGGGGGGGUUGGGGAGGGGGGUACCGGGGGAUUUGAGGGCGUUGUGGGAUGUUAAUGUUAAGUAGGCCGAGGGGAUUCAUACUUAUGAAGAGAGCCAAUGAGGUUGGGGGACAAAUACGGCUGGAGCUGUCACUCACUGUCAACAUAACUGCGCUGAUGUGUGGUGGUAUAUCUUGCACUGAGUUUUGAUGAGACUCAUCAAUACUUCACCCCCGCCAGAAACAAGUGACUGGCUACAGGCUAGCUACCAAGAAUCCAGAAGGAAAGGGGAUGUCACUUUCACUUUUGAUUAAGCAGCCUGGACUCGUGCAACGGUCCUUGAAAAAGCCAAGGAUAUGGCUUGGAUACCAUUGGAGAAGAAAACUGGCUGGUGGAUAAUGGCAGGCCAAGGCAACUGAAGAACCUUCAGUUUCCUUCGUCUCUCAUUUCUCUUGAUGGUCGUUCUACUACAUACUACAUAGAUCUGAAGAUAUUUCCAUCUACAGUACGACAAGGCAUUAUAAUCAUCAUGUCUAGAUCAAUAUUAUGGAUAUCAUACAAAUCUCUAUCC